AAGAAGGCAGCAUAUGAGAGGGAAGAAAGCAGAAGGAAGAUGUAGAGUGGGGGGCAGAGAAAGAGGAGAUGGGAGGCAAAGACCCCUGAGCCCAAAAAAGGGAAGAGGAAAGGGAGAGGUGCCCCUAGUCACAUUGAGGGGAGAGCUCAGACCCCUCCUCUCCUGUCUCUUCUAGGCCAUGUGGUCUGAACACUUCCGAGGCACGGCUAGGACACUGGGCCAGGCUCUGCGCCCCACUGCUGUCUCAAGAGGGAAUUGUCAGUGGCCCCCAGCCUCACCCUCGCACCCCCACAAUGCCUCACGUGCCGGGGCUCAGAACAGUGAGGGGCCAGCCGCAGCCUCUGGGCUGAGCGAAGAAGACAUCCGGAGAGCCCGGGAAGCAGCCCGGCCCAGAGUGGGGCCAAGGCCCCAGCUGAGUGAGCGUGCCCGGGAGCGCAAGGUACCUGCUUCUCGAAUCAGUCGCCUGGCCAACUUUGGGGGAGAGGACGUUGUGCUGAGCCUGAAAGGAAGGUCAUGGUUAUCGGGUGGAGAACAGCCUAUGCAAAGGCAUGGAGGACUAGCAGUGGGCCUGAGCCUCGGUGCCCUGGUUGAAGUGGCCAAGAUGUCGCUGUCAGGAGGGCAGGCACGGCGAGGGGAAGGUGGCCCUGUUGUGGGCCCCAGCCCUUUCCUCUCUGAGGCCAAUGCUGAGCGGAUAGUGAAGACUCUGUGCACGGUUCGAGGAGCAGCGCUCAAGGUUGGCCAGAUGUUAAGCAUCCAGGACAACAGCUUCAUCAGCCCCCAGCUGCAGCGCAUCUUUGAGAGGGUCCGGCAGAGCGCCGACUUCAUGCCCCAAUGGCAGACGAUGAGAGUCCUGGAGGAAGAACUGGGCAGGAACUGGCGGACCAAGAUGGCCUCCCUGGAAGAGAAGCCCUUUGCUGCGGCCUCCAUUGGUCAGGUCCACCAGGGUGUCCUGCAAGAUGGGACCGAGGUGGCUGUGAAGAUCCAGUACCCAGGUGUGGCCCAGAGCAUCCAGAGUGAUGUGGAGAAUCUGCUGGCCGUGUUGAAGAUGAGUGUAUCCUUGCCCGAAGGCCUCUUUGCUGAGCAGAGUCUCCAGGCCUUGCAGCAGGAGCUGGCGUGGGAGUGUGAUUAUCGCCGGGAGGCUGCCUGUGCCCGCACCUUCAGGCAGCUCCUGGAAGAGGAUUGUUUCUUCCACGUGCCCGCCGUGAUCGAGGAGCUGAGCACAGGUCGGGUAUUGGCCAUGGAGCUCGCCAGUGGGGUGCCCCUGGACCAGUGCCAGCACCUGAGCCAAGAUGUGCGGAACCAGAUCUGCCGGGAGCUGCUGCGGCUCUGCCUGCAGGAACUCUUUGAGUUCCGAUUCAUGCAGACGGACCCCAACUGGGCCAACUUCCUGUAUGAUCGCUCCAGCCACAAGGUGACCCUGCUGGACUUUGGGGCAAGCCGGGAGUUUGGGUCAGAGUUCACAGACCACUACAUCGAGGUGGUAAAGGCUGCUGCAGAUGGUGACCGGGCUCGGGUCCUAAAGAAAUCGCAGGACCUGAAAUUCCUGACAGGUUUGGAAACCAAGGCAUUUUCGGAGGCCCAUGUGGAAGCAGUCAUGAUCCUAGGGGAGCCCUUUGCCAGUGCUGGCCCCUAUGAUUUUGGGGCAGGCAAUACGGCACGCCGAGUGCAGGAUCUGGUCCCCAUAAUGCUUCGCCAUCGGCUGUGCCCCCCACCAGAGGAGACCUAUGCCCUUCACCGAAAGCUGGCUGGGGCUUUCCUGGCCUGUGCCCGACUCAGGGCUAACAUCCCCUGUGGGGACUUGUUCCACGAGAUUUAUGAGCAUUACUGGGCUCUCCGACCCUCAGGCUAGUUCUGGUCCUCCAGGAAUCACUCCGAGCCCUCACUCCAGGACCUAAGGACCUGAUGCAGGAGUCCUCAGGGUCCCUUCAGUGACUCACCUUGGGACCAUCCCAAGAGCUCCCAGAAACGUCCAGGGAGCCCCUUACUAGGUCUGAGACUCAUCUGUCUCUACUGGUCCACAGGGCUUCCAGCUACUUCCAGCCAGGCCAGGGGGAACCCCUAAGGGGCCUCCCCCACACACAUACCCUCUGGAACUUAGCUGAUCACCCUCUCUCCCUCCGGUUCUGAGCCCCAACCCAGCCCCCAUCUAAGGGAGUGGAGUUCCAGAUGGCCUGUAUGCCUGGGUCCUCCCACCCCCACCAGCUGUCUUCAGGCCCAAUGGGCAGUGCAUUCAGUGAUAUCCUAAAUAAAGGGGAACCACCCUCCCUCUCUCCUA